AUGAAGGCAUGCACUACAACACCCUCUAGUGGCGCGGGGAAGUUACGAAAGCCAGCCCGGAGCCUCCAUGGGACUCCGCCUUCCACUCUCCUCCACUCCUCUCCACUCGACCUCUGCUUCCCUCAGUGGUUCAGGCCAAGCGUCACACGAGAGGGUGGAGUGGAGUGUCUCUUUUUUGUGUUGGGAACCAACAGAAAAUGCAGGAGGAGGAGGAGGAGGAGGAGGAGAGGAGAACAAAAUAAUCUAAAGGCACUGGAGAAGAACACCUACCUUGAAGACUCCUCCUCUGAAACCUCCUUUAGACUCAAGAAGGAGUUGGGUUUCAUUGAGGGCGUGGGAGUCAUCAUAGGGUGUGUGAUUGGCUCAGGUAUCUUCGUGUCUCCCAAGGGCGUUCUCCAGUACAGCGGAUCCAUAGGUGCGUCCCUGGCGGUGUGGUCGGCCUCCGGGGUCCUUUCCAUGCUGGGAGCCCUUUCCUUCAUCGAGCUGGGUACAAUGAUUCCUGAGAGCGGGGGCAUGUACAGCUAUCUACACAUUGCAUUCGGUCCCGUCCUUGCCUUUCUGUACAUGUGGGUCACGACUCUCACCAGGAGCUCUGCCGGCACAGCUGUCAUCGCUAUUACCUUUGGUCACUACUUUCUGCAGCUGGUCCUUCCGGAUUGUGAGGUUCCUGCCUUGGCUGCGCGGUUCCUGGCGGCGGCACUAAUCUGUUUCUUGAUGUGGGUGAACUGCGUCAACGUGAAGUGGGUCACCAAGAUGCAGAAUGUCUUUACUGUCACCAAGAUCGGGGCGCUGCUGGUCAUCAUACUAGCAGGGAUCUGGCAACUGAGCGAGGGCCACGUUGAGAACUACAAGUCCCCUUGGGAUGGCACGAGAACAGAAUUGGCAUCUUUAGCUACAGCCUUCUACCAGAGUCUCUUCUCCUACACUGGAUGGGACUUCCUUAACCUGGUGACGGAGGAAAUCAAGAAUCCAAACAGGAACCUUCCCUUGGCCAUCAUUGUGUCCACGACCCUGGUGACUCUGAUGUACACGCUGACCAACGUGGCUUACUUCGCAGUGCUCACGCCCGCAGAGAUGCUGUCUUCUGAAGCUGUGGCCAUGACCUUCGGGACACGCGUGCUGGGUAUCCUCGCCUGGAGCAUGCCUUUGUUCGUUAUGCUGUCCACCUUCGGCAGCACCCACGCUUCUGUCUUCGCGCAAAGCCGCCUGACGUUCGUGGGAGGACGUAGAGGUCACUUCCCCUUCGCUUUCGGUCUUGUCAGCAUCAAGCACUUCACCCCUGUACCGGCUGUUAUCCUGAGCGGUCUGCUAACACUGGUAAUGCUGCUGGUACCAGAUAUAUCACAUCUCAUCAACUACACAGCCUUCAGCGCCACCGCCAUGCAGUUCGCCUGUAUCCUCGCCCUCUUCUGGUUCCGCUACAAACACCCAGAGUGGCCCAGGCCCUUCAAAGUGUGGCUAGCGGUGCCCAUUCUCUUCGCUGGAGUGCAAAUCUUCCUUCUGACUGUGCCUCUCAUAAUGUCGCCAAUGGAGGUGGCUGGGGCUGUCGGGGUGAUCCUGGCUGGCCUACCCGUUUACUACUUCGCUGUGUACCGCCAAGACCUCGCAGUGCUCUUCUCCGGGACGCUAGACAAUCUCACGCUCCUCUGCCAGAAGCUGUUCCUGUGCAUGCCUGAGGAGAGGGCAGAGUGACACGGCAGGAUGCAACACCAGCAGAAUGACGCAGUGAUGAUGAUUUGGUGGUGCUUCCAGUUUACCUAUAAGCUUAGACUCGUAUUCUCAAACGCUUCUGUGCUUCAUUUCCACUAUUUCAAAAGGCUUCAUUUAAAUUUACACAAAAUUUUUUAUCCCUUCAAUACUGGGACACAUUUUUUAUCUUGAAAUUUUUGUAUG